UCUCGCCCAUCGUGCUGCUGCCCAACCAGCUCAUGUCGGCGCCGCGGGGGUCGUCGGUGUGGCUGGAGUGUAAGACGGAGGCCUACCCUCGGGCCGUCACCUUCUGGAAGCACAACCACACCAUGGUCAUGUCCACCAACAAGUACCGCCUUGAGGAGUUCCACCACGACGACUACACCACCACUGUCAAGCUCACUAUCAAGCAGCUGGAGCCUGGAGACUUCGGGAAGUACCUGUGUUAUUCAAGAAACUCCUUCGGUGAGAAUGAUGGCACCGUGGAGCUACACGAACUCAAGCGGGAACAGCCACGUGUCAACAAAGCCAAGAGUGACAGAGAGUCCGAGGAGAUGAACACGAUCGAGCACUUCCCCCUCGAGCGGGAGGGGGGUCGAGGCCAGAGUCACGUCAUCCUCGACCUGGAGGACAGCCGCAUCAUCACCGCCACCAACAACAACAACGUCAACGCCGACCUCUCCAAGGGCACAGUUGAACAGAAGAGCCAGCUUGGCCGAGAUCGCAGCUCCGCCAACAUCUUCACCAGCAUCAUGGCUGGUAAUGCUGGGCCGAGUGUGUGUGGCCGCCAGGACCUGUGUCUCCUGCUGCUGCUGCUGAUAGCCAUCUCUGCCCUACACUCACACCUCAAUAGAUGAAGAGAAGAAAAUUCCUAAUCCAAUCACGGAGCGAACGAUCCAACACAGCAGUGUACCAGCUCAAGAAGAUGAGAAAUGUGUCUCAACGGAUUUAUCCUGUCCUGUCGUUCCACACACA